AUGACCAUGAAAGCACCAAAUGACCUCGCACAGAGUUACUGCGAGUGUAAGGAGAUGUUUCGCACACACUGCUGGUGGUCUUUAGCUGUGCUGUGCUUCACGGCCACCACGAAGGCAGCACUUCGUACUUCCAAGCCUUCUACCACAACGUUUCUCCUUCGGAGCCAACUGACUGAGACCACUACCGCUGACUUAGGGAACUUCAUUGACAAGUUUAAUGACUCCAGUUUUGUUCCAGUGGCCCUGGGCUCUGUUGUGAGCAGGUACCAGACCCAUGAAAUCAUUAAGGAGGUGAACAAUGCUUCUGCUAACCUCUCCCAAGGAGUGAUAUGAAAGUGUAGUCAUUCUCUUUAGCCAAGUGAUGUCAAAUUAGCUCAAAAUGUAAAAGUAAUAGACUAGAUUCCUCAAAAUGACCUCCUGGCUCACCCUAGCGUCUGCCUCUUUGUCACACGCUGUGGAACAAAUAGCAUAAUGGAGGCCAUCCAGCAUGGCAGGCCCAUUGUGGGGAUUCCUGUACCUUUGGACCAUCUUGAAAACAUGGUCUGAAUAAAAGCUAAAAAGUUUGGUGUGUCACUUCAGUUAAAGAUGCUCACAGCAGAGAAUUGGCUCUUGAAAUACAAGUCUUCAGCAGUGGCUGCCAGCACAUCUAGCACUCUGACUACUGCUCAGUGACUGGUGGGCUGGAUCAACCACAUUCUACAGACCAGGCAUGCCAUACACCUUAUGUCCUAUGUGCUCCAGCAGCCAUGGUAUGAACAGUACUGGCUUGAUGUCUUCUUGUUCCUACUGGGACUCAUUUUGUGCACCAUUUGGUUCUGUGGGAAGCUUCUAGGCACAGUGGCCAAGUGGCUGAGUUGGUCCAGGAAGCUGAAGAAGACGUGA